CACUUCCGGCGAAGCUAGGAGAGGCGGGACUUCCGGCGUCUGCAUGCGGGCGUUUUGUCUGCACUCAGGUUACCGCCGCUACCUCAUCCGAGAUACCAGAUCGCUAGUUUCUAGUGGAGAUGCCCCGAGGGAAAAGCCGGGAGAGCUGUGGUGCACACAGCACACGCGCGGGUGUGAAGAUGGACGUGGUAACGCGGGUGACCCGCUCCGUGGCCCGGACAGGGACCGCCCUUCCCGCGGCUGCCUUUUCUCCCGCCGCUCCCGCCCUGCUUCCUCCACUGAGUGCAAUGGUGGCGCCCGCGCUGAAUCGCUGGGCAGAGGUUGGCGUGACCUUUGAGGACAUUGCCCUGUUCUUCUCCAGGAAGGAAUGGAGCCUCCUUGAUGAGGGUCAGAGACAGCUGUACCUGAAUGUGAUGCUGGAGAACUUUGAACUUAUAUCCUCCCUGGGUUGCUGCUGUGGAGCAGAGAAUGUGGAGGCACCUUUUGAAGAGAACAUUUCUGUAAGAGUGUCACAGGCAAUGAAUGCCAAGUUAGCUUUGUCUUCCCAGGAGAGCCACCCCUGUGAGAGUUGUGGACUAGUUUUGAGAAACAUUUUCCAGUUGACUCAUCAGCAGGCAUUACAACACAGGCAGAUACUGUUGAGGUGUGGGGCAUGUGCAAAACAAUUUUAUUUCAGUGCACAGUUUCACCAGCACCAGCAGCAGUACUUGAGAGAGAAGCCUUUGAUAAGAGGUGUGAACAGUGUCUCACUUGAAAACAGCUGCAAUUUCAAUGUGUUUCAGAAGCUUUUUACCUGUGGAGAGGUGGAGCAGGACAUCCUUAGCAUGGCAGGCCAUUUCCAGCAAAAGGCCACUCAGAUCAGUGACAGGCCAAGUGGUAUCUCAAUGUGUGGGGUGACAUAUCAAGGUAAAAAUAAUUAUUUUACUACAAAAGAAUGUAAGAAAGCCAUUGGCUAUAACUACAUGUGUGUUUGGGACAAGGGUGUCCCUACUGGCAAAGCAUAUUUUUGUUGCCGUGAAUGUGGAAAAUAUUUUGCCCGAUUUUCCACUUUUGGUUACCAUCAGAGAUUUCAUGCAGAAAAGAAGCUUUGUGAGCACAGUCAAUGUGGGAAAUCUUUUACCAGUAGUAUUGGCCUCCUUUCUCAUCAGAGAUGUCACAAAGGUGAAAGGCCUUAUCAGUGUAUUGAAUGUGGGAAAUCUUUUACCAGGAUCUGUUACCUUCAUCGCCACCAGAGAGUUCACGCUAGAGAAAGGCCUUAUGAGUGCAAUGAAUGUGAACGAUCUUUUAUUCAGAACUAUACCCUUCGUCACCAUCAGAGAGUUCACACUGGAGAAAGGCCUUAUAAGUGCAAUGAAUGUGAGAAAUCUUUUAAGAGUAUCUAUCAUCUUCGUUAUCAUCAGAGAGUUCACACUGGAGAAAGGCCUUAUGUGUGUAGUGAAUGUGGGAAAUCAUUUAUUCAGAAAGACGCCUUUCGUUGUCAUCAGGGAGUUCACACUGGAGAAAGGCCUUAUGAGUGCAAUGAAUGUGGGAAAUCUUUUACCAGUAGUAAUGUUUUCCAUCGUCACCAGAGAAUUCACACUGGAGAAAGGCCUUAUAAGUGCAAUGAAUGUGAGAAAUCUUUUCAUAGUAUUUAUUAUCUUCGUUCUCAUCAGAGAGUUCACACUGGAGAAAGGCCUUAUAAGUGCGGUGAAUGUGGGAAAGCUUUUGCCUAUGAAAAAACCCUCCGUUACCAUCAGAUGGGAUUUCACAAGGGAGAAAGGCCUUAUGAGUGCAAUGUAUGUGGGCAAUCUUUUGUCAGUAGUAGUGGCUUCCAUUACCAUCAGAGAGUGCACACUGGAGAAAGGCAUAAGUGCAAUGAAUGUGAGAAAUCUUUUAACAGUAUCUAUCAGCUUCGUUAUCAUCAGAGAGUUCACACUGGAAAAUGGUCUUAUGAGUGCAGGGAAUGUGGGAAAUCAUUUAUUCAGAAAUAUGCCUUUCAUUGUCAUCAGAGAAUUCACACUGGAGAAAAGCCUUAUAAGUGCAGUGAAUGUGGGAAAUCGUUUACUCGGAGAAAUGUCCUUCAUCAGCAUGAGAGAAUUCACACUGGGGAAAAGCCUCAUGUGUGCAGUGAAUGUGGAAAAUCCUUUACCUGUGGAAGUAGCCUCCGUUACCAUCAAAUGGGAGUUCACACUGGAGAAAGACCUUUUGAGUGCAAUGAAUGUGGAAAAUCUUUUACCAGUAGUAGUGCCUUCCGUCGUCAUCAGAAAGUUCACACUGGAGUAAGGCCUUAUGAGUGCAGUGAAUGUGGAAAAUCUUUUAUUAGUGGUAGUAGCUUCCGUCGUCAUCUGAGAGUUCACACUGGAGAAAAGCCUUAUGUGUGCAGUGAGUGUGGGAAGUCAUUUACCACCAAAUAUUGCCUUAGUUGUCAUGAGAAAAUUCACACUAGAGAAAGGCCUGAUGAGUGUAGUUAAUAUGGGAAAUCUUUUAUCCAAAAUUCUAACCCUACUCCCCACAUAAGACUUCAUAUUGGAGGAAGGUCUUGGAUAUGUAGGAAAUGUAGAUUUUUUUAGUUCACCCAUAGCAAUACUAUAAGAAAUUCCAUGAAGCCCUAUUUGUCUGAACUGAAUCUCAUACACUGCAACAUCAAGCGUAGUGAGAUUCCCAAUAAAUUUGAGUGCUGUGAAAAUCA